AUGAUCUUGAAUCAUUUGAAUCCAGAAUGUUUGGAACCGUUUAUUUAUUAUUUUUCUCAGAAGGUGGUCCCAGAAGUCGACGAAAAUGGUGAAGAACUUCGUGUUAACGACUUUGAUCGGCAUAAAAUUAUGUCUGUAAGUUAGUUUAAUAUUGUUUCUUGAAAUUGGCUUGAUUUUGUACAAUUUAGAUGGGGAUGUGACUUUCUUUUUGGUUUUUACAAAAUUGAUACCUAAAAUAAGGUUAUUUUGCUCUCAUUUGUUAUAAGUCCGCUUUUUAAGCGGCAUAGUGAUUUUUUCUAGUUUAGAAAGUAAAUUUUACUUAUGUUAAUGUAGUCUUCAAUUAAUUUUAAACUAAAGAAACGAUUUUAUCAAACACCUUGUUUUAGGGGAUAUCACAUCGCUUCCGUCGCAUGUUACGAAGCUUUCUGCACGAUACUCAAUUGUUGAUUGCUGAUCACAGACAUGAUAAGCAUUUUGUUCUUCUGCGUACAAAGCAUUACUACUUAUUCGAAACUUCAAUACAUAAAUUUAUUGAUUUUUAUCUUCACGUACAGUUCUACAUUGAGUUUGUCUAUAUUUGCGAGGAAUCCUAUCUGAAAAUGGCUAUAAUUCAUCCGAAUGUUACAUGUGCAGGAAGUAGGUUAUCUUUACGUUGUUUUACAAUAGGUUAUGCUUGUUAUAAAUGUUGGGUUUUGCUGGUUUUAUACUGUUUUAGGUAUGUUGCUAAAAUUCGAUUUUUCUUUUUUUAAUUAUUAUGCUCUUUUUGAUAAUAUAUAACUUUGAAAUUAUUGUUAAAGCUUAAAAUAAGGUUUUUUAUUCUAUUUUAAGAUUACAAUGAAGAACAGCUUGGCGGUGCGGACAUUUUAUGCUCCUUGGUCGACGUGAGACGUAUCAUAGGCUUAUCAAGCACGCUUUCAAAUUUGAAUAUGCCAUUGGCUGCGAAAGAGUGUUAUGUGAAUUAUCGUAAAUAUUGUCCGAAGCAUUUUCGUGACUAUUAUUGUCCAUUUUUCUCUUGUGAGGUUUUAUAUUGUCACCUCACUGCUCAUAGAGUCGAUUUCUUCAGGAAAUUACCACAGUAAGUUUAUGUUUUUGAUAGAAUAGAGAUAAGAUUUAAAAUCAAAUGAGUUGGAUUAGAAAAAGCAAUGUUUUGGAUGAGUAUAAUCAGUGGUGAUGAAGCUUUGGAGCUUAUUUUGAUAAUACUAAAAACUAAAAGUAGGAGUAAGCCAAGUGCAAUAUAAGUUCAAAAACCAAAUAAAAGUUGUUUUUUUUGAGAAUAAUUUGCAAAAACUUGAUUUAAAUUUAAAAAAUAUUGUGUUUUCAGUAGUAGAGGCCUGAAAAAAUCUGUAAAGAAGCUAUAUCUGAUAGUUUACAUCGAUUCGAAGCGAGGUUUUACAGUGAUUGAUGAUAUGAAGGCUAUUCUAAUGGAUUACUACCCAAAUUUGACACGAUUUGAAAUCAAAUGCUUCUGGAAAACGGUGGGAAUUUAAAAUAUUUCGUAUUCUUAAAAAUCUAUCUAUAAUUAGGUUGUUCAAAAAGUAAUGAGCCAUUUUUUGUUUUAUAUGUUGUGUUUACUGGCUCAUUACUUUUUGCACAAUUUUGUAUGCCAAAAAGUAUAAACUCAUAUAACGAACAUCUUCAAUAUCUUCAGAAGAGCGAGCCAUACGUCCUAGAGUUCUGUGAAGCCUUGAUGGGUUUAUACGAAGCAGGCCUUGAGGUCUGUUUGGACUUUAUGUGGUGGAAGUUCAAGGACCAUCGAAUCCACAAGUUUUUGAAGUUGUUCGGAUCUGUUUUCAACCCCCAAAUGACAAUCGAUGAUGUACAGGUGUCGAAUUACUACGGCACUUACGAGUAUCAUUAUCGGGCUGAUGGACUGAUUGUGAAUCUGGAGUGCACAUACGAACAUCCUACCGAAGGAUCGGUUUGGUAUUCUGAGCCAUAUCGCCUUGCUUGUCGGUGUAUUAGCUAUACGUGA